GGCAGCGGAACCGCGCCUUCGGGGCCGUGGCCGUGGCCGUGGCCGUGGCCGGGGCCGGGGCCGGGGCCGGGGCCGGGUCUGGGCGAGUUCCCGGCGCGCUGUGGGAGCGGCUUUUGGCGCGGACGGCGACUCAGGCGUCCCAGAAUCCAGAACAGUUGAUCUUUCAACAGAUGAAGAGGACGGAACACAUCAUGCCUCAGAAAGUAAGGAUGAUCAGAGUUCAUCUUCCAACAGCUCUAGUUCUCUGGAAGAAGAAUUUUCAUCAAUAGUGAAUAUCCCUGAUGCAGCUUUUAUUCAGGCAGCCCGCAGAAAACGUGAAUUGGCCAGGACCCAAGAGGAUUAUAUUUCGUUGGAUGUGAAACAUACUUCUACCAUCUCUGUUAUGAGGAAAAACAGUGAUGAAGAUCCUGAGAGUGAGCCUGAUGACCAUGAAAAGAGAAUACCAUUUACCCCAAAGCCUACAACACUUAGACAAAAAAUGGCUGAAGAAACAGCAACCAGAAAUGAAGAAACAAGUGAAGAAAGUCAGGAAGAUGAAAAUCAAGAUAUUUGGGAACAACAGCAAAUGAGGAAAGCAGUUAAAAUCACAGAGGGACGAGAUAUCGACCUUUCCCACAAUAGUGAGUCUCAAACAAUGAAGAAGUUCGAUACUUCCAUUUCAUUUCCACCAGUAAAUUUAGAAAUUAUAAAGAAGCAAUUAAAUACUAGAUUAACAUUACUGCAGGAUACUCACCGCUCACACCUGAGGGAAUAUGAAAAAUAUGUACAAGAUGUCAAGAGCUCGAAGAGUACAAUCCACAACCUAGAGAAUUCAUCAAAUCAAACUCUAAAUUUUAAAUUCUAUAAAAGCAUGAAAAUUUAUGUGGAAAAUUUAAUUGACUGUCUUAAUGAAAAGAUUAUCAACAUCCAAGAAAUAGAAUCAUCCAUGCAUGCACUCCUUUUAAAACAAGCCAUGAUCCUUAUGAAACGCAGGCAAGAUGAAUUAAAACAUCAAUCAACGUAUUUACAACAGUUAUCACGCAAAGCUGAGACAUCAACAAAUGGAGACUUGGCCAUAGAUGAAAAAACUCAAUGGAUUUUAGAAGAGAUUGAAUCUCGAAGGGCACGAAGAAGACAAGCAAGAACACUUUCUGGAAAUUGUGAUCAUCAGGAAGGGACAUCUAGUGAUGAUGAACUAUCUUCAGCAGACAUGACUGACUUCCAAAAAAGCCAAGGUGACAUUUUACAAGAUCACAAGAAGAUUUUUGAAGAUGUGCAUGAUGAUUUCUGUAAUAUCCAGAAUAUUUUGUUGAAAUUUCAACAAUGGCGAGAGAAGUUUCCUGAUUCUUAUUAUGAAGCUUUCAUUGGUUUAUGCAUACCGAAACUUUUAAAUCCCCUAAUCCGAGUUCAGUUGAUUGAUUGGAAUCCUCUUAAGUUUGAUUCCAUAGGUAUAAAACAGAUGCCAUGGUUCACAUCUAUAGAAGAAUUUAUGGAUAGUAGUAUGGAAGAUUCAAAGAAGGAAAAUCGUUCUGAUAAGAAAAUCUUGUCUGCUGUCAUCAACAAAACAAUUAUUCCUCGACUUAUAGACUUUGUAGAAUUCAUCUGGGACCCCUUGUCGACCUCACAGACAACAAGUUUAAUAACGCACUGCAGAACAAUUCUUGAAGAACAGUCCACUUUUGAGAAUGAAGUUAGCAAAGGCAAAAAGGAUUUAUUUAAAUCCAUUGUUUCAAGAAUGAAGAAGGCAAUAGAUGAUGAUGUGUUUAUUCCUCUGUAUCCAGAGAGUGCUGUAGAAAACAAAACAUCACCACAAUCAAAGUUCCAAGAAAGACAGUUCUGGUCAGGUCUAAAGCUGUUCCACAAUAUUCUUCUUUGGAAUGGACUCCUCCCAGAUGAUACCUUGCAAGAGCUAGGACUAAGGAAGCUGCUAAAUCGUUACCUUAUCAUAGCUCUUCUUAAUGCCAUACCUGGGCCAGAUGUUGUUACAAAGUGCAACCAGAUAGCAGCAUAUUUACCAGAAAAAUGGUUUGAAGAUUCUACCAUGAGAACAUCUAUUCCCCAACUAGAAAACUUCAUCCAGUUUUUAUUGCAGUCUGCACUUAAAUUAUCUAGAAGUGAAUUCAGGGAUGAAGUCAAAGAAAUCAUUCUUAUUCUAGUGAAAAUAAGAGCUUUUAAUCAAGCAGAAUCCUUCAUAGAAGAAUAUCACCUAGACCAUCUUAAAUCAAUAAUUAAAGAAGUUUGAGUAAACUUUGUAGGAACGUACUAAAAUGAGAUUUUAGUAUACUUGGCUCCUUUGCUGGGGGUCAGAGGGUACAGGGAGCUGGUGCCUCUGCUUUAUUCCUGGUCACGGAGGCAAGGAUUUGCAAAAAAAAAAGAAAAAAUAUAAAAAGGACUUAGUGGCCUCCAGUCUCUCCACCUUCUACCUUCUGGUAUCAGGAAAGGCUGCUCCUCUGGAUUCUGUGGUGUUUGCAGGAAUUAAUCACAUGGGGCAGUAGAAGAUUAACAUAUUUCCCUUUGAUUCUUUUGGCUACUUUUCCAAUUUAAGAGAGGAGUUAGGAAAACCUCGAUUGUAGCUCCUUUGGCUUUGGUGAGUCUGAUCCAUAAAAACAUCUUAGUUCUCCUCGUUUUAAUUAUCUCUCUUUACAAGUAACUUAAAAUGGAAAUCUUAACUGGAAUACAUUAUUUAAGUAUUAACUGAUUGAGGCAUUUUAAGGCUUCGAUAACUAAUGAGUAUCAAAUUGUCCUUCAGAAACCUUUACCCGUGUAUUAUACCAACACAAGUGCAAGAGAGGCCAAUGAAUCCCCACCAGCAAUAGAAAUUACCUUUUUUUAAUGCAACGCAAAUAGGUGAAAAAAUUCUUAAAUAUUUGUUUUGGCAUUUGAGAUUGAAUGCUUGUUUUUUGGCCAUUUGUAAUUCUUUUUGACAUGUCUGUUCAUCCUUAGAGAUUUGUAAGAGCUUCAUAUUUUAAAGAUAUUGGUGUUUUGCCUAUUCUUUGUUUUGAAUAGCUUUCCUCUUUUGCCAUUUUUCUUUUAAUUCUGUGUAUGAUGUGUUUGGUAUACUAAGUCAUUACUUGUUUGGUAGCUACUACUUUUUGUUAUGGUUUUUGUCAUUGGUAAGCUUAGAAAAGAAAUAUGUAUUUUAAAUAUUCAGAACAUGAUAUUCAUUUUUUGAUAAAAUAGAUAAUUUAGAAAAUCUGAGGCAAGGUAAUUGAAUCAAAAAAGUUGAAGAUAUUUUUCAGUUUACUAAUUUUUUCUUAAGUCUGUUUGAAAAAUAACUCAAUGGCAAUCCUAAAUAUAUAUUUUGCAUAUUGUUGCCCAAAAGAUAAUCAGAAAAAAAAUGAUUGUAUAUAGGAUUUGAGUAUGUGGACACUAUCACAUAUAGUUUUGAAGCAAUAUAUAUAUUUAAUAGAUUGAUGUGUUUUUUCUACUUCACUGAAGAUUCAUGAUUCACUCAAACAAUUUUUUAAAGUUUAUUUUAUUGACAAAAAUUAUACAGGAAUAAAAUCUCAUCUACAGAAUUCAAGCCAUUGCUAAAAGGCAUUUAGCAUUCCCACACAAUUAUUGUUCCCAGAGUUAAUUGCUGUUUUCAUUUUGAUAUUACCCUUUCAGACUUUUACUUGGAAAAAUGUGUGUGUAUAGCUUUAUGGUUUACAUAAAUAGCAGAUUAUAUAUGAAAUUUGUGAUUUUUUUACUAUUAAAGUGCACAUUUGUAAAUUUC